AAAGGCCUGUGGAACAUCUCAGAGCCUCUCAGUAGGAGCAGGAAAGUUACUGGGGAGUACAUGUAUGUGAUCUGCAGAAGCUAGUCAGGAUCCAACUUGCAUUUUCUACAUUUCCAUGGAUGUUCAGUUGCCUUCUUCUGCCUACUCCUGAGCUUUCAUCCAAGAGAAAUCAGUGUUUGCCUUACAAGACUUCUGGUUGUCUAACCCAAAUGUCAAUUUUAUAUGGGCACCCUGCCAGUCUUCUAAAAGACUACAUUUCCCAGGCAAUUUUGCAACCAGGAAAGAAGAUUCAAGGAGGAACUGAAAUAGAGAGAGGCUCCUUUGCAAACCAGUAUCAGACAGAUCCCAGUCACUUGUAACAUCUGCCCUACCAUUGGAAUAACAUAAUGAGAGGCCUGGGCAACCCAGAGAGAAGUGUAAAUGACAGCAGUUACUAAUAAAAACACUGUUGAAUUUUGAAAAACUUUUGCAUGCUUUAAUUUCUCCACAUUUUAAGUAAUUAUGCUAAUUAUGAGAGUGCUGUGUGUUAUUAGCUGUUUGGUCACAAAUAAAAACAAAAGUCAUUUCAUAUAUA